AUCGGGACUCCUCGUAAUGUAUGGAAGGGCAAUAAUGGCUGGCUGUGAUCUUGCAUGUCUGGAAAUAUGUGACAGUGUCCAACUUUAAUCCCAGCCCUGAAUCCCAACUGGUUCCUUAAGGGUCCAGACGACCUCCCCAUCAUGUUGAAGCUACAGAGACCGCUCUGCACCGAGCUUACUUUCAGAUUGACUCAUGACAUAAGUCCAGACCUUUACUGUGAUGAAGACGAUCAUGAUCUGGACCAAGUCAGUCGUGAACAGUUCAUCUUCUCUUGUCUCGCCAAACAGCGUGACAAGAAAGUUUCCAUUAUUGACAAAGUUAAAGAUACACUAACAGACAGAAAGAAAUCUAGCUUAAUCGAUGUAAAACUACCACAAUCAGAAACCGCAGAAAAAGCCGAAGCAGAUAGCUUGAUACACGAAUGUGUGAAGGAGAAAUUAUACGGAAGCUCGGAGAAAGAGAUAAAGUUGGAGAAAUUGAAAACGCCAUUUGGUGUCAAACAAAAGACAAUAGAACAGCUCCAUAAUGCUAUUAACGAACAGUAUCAUUCUAAGCAGGAGAGUGCAUCCAGGAAACCAUCAGUGACAGACAAGUAUGAACCGGAACUGAAGAAAAGUCCUCGGGAGGAACAUGCGCGGCCUCAUCAAGCUACAGUACCUAAGGCAACCAUUGCUAAACCUGUGCGUAAGCCGAGAAAACUACCGGAGAUCCCUAACAAAUCUCCAGACGGAGAGUCUACUUCCUCUGUUCCAGUCAAUUCAAAAUGCCUGGCAGACGAACUCCAGGAGGCGAUGGUGCGAGACAGUCGCCAAAACUCCACAGAUGACGAUGACGAUGUGUUUUAUCCGACACCCUCCGAGGGGAAGAGUUCACCAUCGUCAAAAGCAUACCCGAAGUUUAGCGGUAAAUUUUUAGAGGAACUUAAAACAAUAAACUUUAACAGUGUAUCGAAGAACACACGACCGUACACAUCCUCCAACAAUGUGUAUUUGGAGGAAGAUUCUACAGCUGACAGUCAGCGCCACCUGUCUGUGGCCACCAGCAGUAGGAGGAGAAGGAACAGUUCUGGUGGCGACGGGUCAAAGAGGAAGUCAACCUCAAGUGUGGCAAGUGCAAAUUACACAGACCUUGAGGUCACCCACCGUGGAAUGCACAGAUUCAUGCCGCGUCAUAAGGACGAGAUCUCCGUGGAGAUCGGAGAUCCUAUACAUGUUUUCUCCGAAGCUGAUGAUCUGUGGUGUGAGGGUGUGAACAUGCGGACAUUUCAACGUGGAAUAUUUCCCUCUAUGUAUGCAACAGAUCUUCAAUUCUUGGAAGAUGAUUCAGAAACUGAUGGUACCUCUCAUUUUAAUAUGCGCUUCCUGGGGUCUGUCGAAGUCAAUGAACACAAAGGGGACACUGUCCUCUGUCAGGCGAUCAACAAGAUUGCUCUCUCCCGUCGCUCUGCCAAAUGCUCAACGCCUCCACCAUUAUGUACAGUGGAAGUCAGUCAAUACGGUAUACGCAUGUUCGACAAAAGCAAAAGUGGCCACGAAAGCGAAUCGGAUGCCUACACCCACUUUUUUGCCCUGAAGAACAUUUCGUUCUGUGGCUUUCAUCCUCGCAAUGAAAGAUACUUUGGAUUCAUAACUAAACAUCCUAAAGCAUACAGAUUUGCCUGUCAUGUGUUUCUGGGAGAAAAGUCAACCAGGAGUGUCAGCGAGGCUAUAGGAAAUGCUUUCAAGAGAUUUUACCAGGAGUACAUGGCAUUUACGCACCCAACCGAGGAUAUUUACAUGGAGUAGGAAAUCUCAUGAAACGAUCCCCACAACACCCUCACCUCAUCAAAACCAUUGUGGAAUAUUCGCAAUGAAUACAGCAGUCCUGUUAAUAAGGAAACUGCAAACACUGGCUUAACUCAUUCACCCCUGAAGACACAUUUAAACUCUUCCAAUUCAAAGGUUGGAAUAGUUCAUUAUGAAAUUCCAGGGGUGAAUGAGUUAAAAAAAAAGAGUCAAAAUGAGGAUUUUCACUUCCGGAUAAGAGUUUGUGAAUUUGUGAAAUACAUGUAAUUACCAUAUACCAACAAAUACGCAGCGAACGCUGAACAUUUUCGUGUUUUAACCUCACAAAGGUUAAUCACUGUGGCACCUAAUGUGAUCUGCUACAUUUAAUAAAAACCUUAAUCCUCAAAAAGGUAUCUUGUAUGAAAUACCCAAGAUCUUACUGCCAAGAGCCUGCAAAAAUAUAUUGAAAUGCUGACCUGUCUUAAAUGUGAAUUGUGAAUAAGUUGUUUCGACGGAAUUGUGUAUUAAUCUUUAAAAAUAAAUAUAAUAUGAAAUCCCCAGUGUAUUAUGCUGGUUAAUUUUUGUCCACCAAGGUAAGAUAUGAUUAAAACACUGAUUCCAACGAAAUUUGUAUAAUUAAAUGUACGUAGAUAGGGAAUUCAAAGUUGAAUGUGAAACACAUGCAUAUGAAUGGAGCAGAACUAGAAUUACAUAUUGUGUUACAUGUGCAUGAAACAAGAAAAACAUCAUGGAAAAUGUGAAACACUUGUCCCGAACUGUGAAGACAAAGGAUAUGUGAAACACAAAGCAUGAGAAAUAUGUACAAGAAGGAAUUGGAAACACGAAAUAGCCCUACAUUUAUGAGAUCAGAUUUGAGAUCAGAUAUGAAGUUAUAACUCCAUUUGUUAAAAACAAUUACAACUGUCUUCACAACAUUUAACACUCAGAGUCGUGCUUUUAUGGGAAUUAAAUGCUAACAGAAGCUGUGAAUCAGGAUUUGAGAAUAUGCCAUCUAUAGCCCUAACAAAAUCAGCAGAUCAGGAUUUAAUGAGACACCAGCAGUGAAUUGUGAAAUGUGAAAUCAGAAGGAUGUCAAAGAAGCAAGCAUAGACGGCUUAUAUGAAAAUGUGACAGUACUCCAUGCAGUUGAUCAAACUGUGAAACUGUAAUUUACUACAUUCAUUCAUAACUAUAACGUCUAUGUCCAUCAUCUUGUUUUCUUAAAGGAUCCCUGACCCGCUGCAGAUAAAACACUAGAGAGUUCCACUAUACUUUUUCAUACAUACAGUGACCUCCCCUUAACUUCUUUUUUAACAAUAAUUGUGAAGGGAACUGGGCCAGGUAGUUCAGUUGGUUUAACUCAUUCACCCCUGAAGACACAUCUGAACCCUUCCAAUUCAAAGGUUAGAAAAGUUCAUUAUUGAAUUUCAGGAGUGAAUGAGGUAUGAGCAUUUUGCAAUGGUAUUGUUAUUUGAGAUUCAACGAGGUUUUGAGUUCUUGUGUGGCUCUGUUUCAGUUUUACUCUCAAGAACACUAUUAUUGUGAUUUUUUAAACAUUUUUUUUGCAAUUUCAUCUUUUUUCAUCUUUUUCAUAAAAGUUCUGCAAGACAUGAGUAAAUCUAUUUAGAAAUGAUUAUUAAAGCUUUUGUCAUGCAAAGUAAAAAUAUUUUAAUUAACAGUUACAGAUUUUUUUUGGUGGUAUGGGGAUUCUUUAGUUUGUCACACAUGAUUUUGGUUAAAUUACAUUUGAAUGUCCUGCUAUAGUAUCUUCCAUUUGCAUUCGGAACACCUCGGCUGAUUGGGUCAUCUAGCAUUAGUUAACAUCUUUGAUGAAAGGAACUCUAAUCGGGGCGAGACUGUUCCGAAUGCUUCCAUUUGUUCAUGACUGUUAGGUACAAGGUAUAUAUCACCUUAAGGCUGUAUACACUACAGAAUGGGAGGCAAUCAUGCAUGAAGGUUUGAUUGAAAAUUAAUAAUUCAAGUUCGUUAGUGAGAAACUGUAACAUUUUCUGUGAAUGUGAUUAUUUUUAUACACCUACAUGUGUAUCGAUAUUCACUCAUCCGUAAAUUCAUGUGAGCAGCGGUAUAUUCAUUCAUUCGUGAAUUUAGUUUAAAAGGUCGAUUCAGAUAAUCAAGUCAAUAGGAUUCUGUGUUGCAUUAUUCAAAGAUUUUUAUUUUAUUUAUAUUUUUUAAUUAUUCAAAGAUUUUCUUAAUUUUUUCUUUUCUUAAA